AUGCACGUCCUGAGGUUCCCUCGCAGCGAUGAUGAGGCUGCCUUCGUGCUUGUACAAAUAACCCAAAAAGGUUCCAACCCGCUCGACCUCAAAUUAGUGGGCACCGAAGGGGAGGAGCCAUAUGUUGCUUCAUUGAAACAUGAUAAGGUCAUGUCUCUGUGUGUCAACAACUGUCCCGUAUCAGAGAGCGAAUGGCAAAAGAUUCUCGAGAGAUUGUUUCAGCAGGAACCCCUUCCGGAUAUCCAGGCUACAGCCACGGUGCAAAGCGAAAAGUCCGUAUCAAUCACCCUUCGUAAAGAGGUCCAGGGUAUCACGCAACGCCUUGGUGCAAUCACUUUGAGCCAUGAUCCAGAUGAAGCCAUCGAACUAUUCGAGUGGUGCGGUGCAGCUGUUGAGUCCUCCGCGGGCAGUAAGAAAGCUGCAGCCGACCUGGCAGUCAGAUCGUCUGAAGCAGAGACCGCUGUAACCCAGCUUCAGUCUCAAUUAGAAGACCUAAUCAAAGCAAAGUGCGAAGAUGAGACCAUAUUGCUGAGGAGGUUCAGGGACCUGCUAAACGAGAAGAAAAUAAGGAUUAGGGAACAACAACAGGCAUUAGCGGCGCUAGCAACAAAAUCCAGCAUGGCAAGUCAAUCGCAACUUUCACAGGCUGUUGAAGUUGAAGUCAAGCAGCCAAAGGCAAAGGCAAAGAAGCAAACUCGACAGGCCGCCAAAUCCAGGCCUGCAAAGAGAAAGGCGCCUGCGACAAGGCGAGUGGAAGAGUCAGAGGACGAUGUUGAUGUUGAUACCAUGGAUAUCGAUAUCAAAAAGGAGCCUGAGGACACAGAUCCUGGGAACACAACGGAGGCAACUGCAUCUGUCGAUAGCGAUGACGACGAGGGUGAUGCCGAUGCUAGUUCUGGUGCUCACUUGAAACCAUCCCAGCAAGUCUGUGGUUCUGCGUCCAUAGCCGCCUCUCAACAAAAGGCUCCUUCAAAGACUGCCGAAAAGCCUCCACCGCCACGAGCUCUUCCAUUUACAACCAAAAAGACUACGCCUAAGCCUGCUGAUGAUGAGACCGAAUCGGAUGAUGAGCUGUGA